AUGGCGGACAUUGAUAUUGUUGCCUCCAUCAUCGGAGUUGCUGCUGCUGGCUUCAGGCUGUCUCUCAUCCUCAAUGCCGUCAGUUGUGAAGUCGCAAGUGACGGACUCGAAAUUCACAGCAUCUCUAAAAGUGUUACUCUAUUUGCCACCAUGCUUAAACAAGCCGGCAAUGUUCUCCAGUCCCCAAACUCGGUUCACUCCCACGAUGCCCUGACCACUGCCAAAUCCAUCGCCGACGAGAGUACGAGGGUCUUUGAUGAGAUUAAUGACAUGCUAGAUCGCGUGCGCACCAAGCCUACAAAUGGCGCGUUUUCUCCCUCCAUCGAACAGCGGUUCAAAUGGUGCUUCAAGAGACAUCGGGUCACAUACUUGUUAAAUCAACUCGAGAGUUUGAAAUUAAGCCUGUCUCUUUUGCUGCAGAUAUUGCAGUUGGGCAAAUUAAUGGCGUCCACCUCGCGGAAUGAUCCGCCUGACGAAGUCGCUGUCAAAACCGAGGCCAUCAGACAAGAGCGUGCUGAAGCUCAGAAUGGCGUUAUUGUCCGUUAUUGGCAGAUGAGUCAGAUGGACCGCCUGUACGAAGCUUCGAGCCAGGAGGAAGAGGAGGACAAACAAGCACAAGCCACCAUCAGUAACUUUGCGCAAGAAGACAACAUGUCUUUGGUUACCACCAGCAGCUCGCAAUUGACUAUUGAAGGACCACCUCCGGAAUACACUCCCUCCACCGCACUAGUCCAACUCCCUGUUUAUUCGCUCGGCGAAUUGGACCAAACAUUGCAUCAGAUAAAACAGUCCCCGCGAGACAUGAUUCAGGUCUCAGACCGAGCCAUCGACCCUCUUCUUGAAAGGUGGACGAACUGGAGGGAGGUCCGCGAACGCAGACAUACACGCGAUCCAUCUUCACGCUACAUUCCUUCAGUGCAAAAUCUCACCGAGGAAGACGAGGAUCGGCCUUUCCAUGAGAAAUACCAAGAGCGGGAAGAGAGCCCUCGCGGCUACUACAUUGAAGGGACCACCAUGGACUGGAGAAAACCAAAUUCAGCAUCCGCUCGACAUGAGGCCAUCCGGAGACGGAAGCAAUACAGCAAUUAUCAACCCAGUGUCAGCGCCGCCAGCAGCGACCUGGAAGAUUCUCCAGGCAGCACUGGUUCGAAGAAACGGGCAUCCAAACGCCAUGUCAUCAACUCUGGCUCUGACACCGAUUCAUCAGACUCUGAGCGCGAGAUCGUGCAACCCAAGCCGCGGCGUCGAAGCAGUGGGGGCCCGACCACCGAACGUAAAAUCCUGUCUCCAGAUGGUGCCCCUCUGGCUCAUACGUAUACAGCGCCGACCCAAGCUCCGCCUUGGAUCACAAACAAUUCGACUAGCAACACCGUCCGCGCACCUUCUGUCAUCUCGUCUUCGCAAUCAACCGCCUCCAGACUUUCGUCCCCAGCAUACCUCCCACCAGGACACAGACCAUGGGCGACGCCAGAUCAAAAUCUGAUGCAUCAUAGCAUUUCCUCACCCCUCCCACCAGUCCAUACCGCGAAUGCACCCAACCCCUACGCGCACGUCCAGCAGCAAGCCAACACCCUAGUUUACCCGCGGCAUUACUCCUCCCAGCUCCAAGUUCAACCGCAGACCCAAGGACCAAUGACACCCCACAACCCCCCUCCAGCCGGAAGUCCUCAGGCUCGGUACGCACCACUUGCACCUCCGGCCCGGAUGGGAAUGCCCCCACGGCCAGUGUCGCAAGACGGCAAACCCCGCUCUCCAUCGCGGCUCUCACAGCAAUACAACUCCAACAGUUUAGGAGGACGUGAACACACCCGUGGUAGUGGUAGUGGUAGUGGUGGCGGUGACGAACACCAUGGACACUCCCGCCAUCAUCCCAAGGAGAAAUCCGCCAAGCACAAUCUGCGGGAAGGGGCUACCAAGGGCUUACUCGGCGCUGGUGCCAUAGCGGGUUUCUUGGAAGCCUUGGAAGGUCUGAAUAUAUAG